CGAUCUUAUAUUCUUCAUUUUGUGUUGUAGGGGAAAUUAGGCAAUAAGGCCAAUUAGUCGAGUACUAAAAUUAACUUCCUGAAUUUAUUGUUCUCGCAUAGAAAGAGCCUAAGACUUAUGUUCUAUUCUAGUAUUCUCUACUUAUUUAAAAUGUUUUUAAAAAUGUCAUCAAAAUGUUGCCAGACGGUUGAAACAAACGAAGGAUUGCAGUGCGCAGGACCUGUGCGUGAGCACAUCAAAAUGAAUUGGAGGAAAAUCAAUAAAGUAAUGUUCAGAGAGGACCCCAAAUAAAACUAGAAAAUAUCGUUCCGGUGGUGCUGUUUAUUUGGGAAUAAGCUCGUAAAUAAUUUAACCUAUAUAUAAUUAAACGACGUAUACCUUAAAGGAUGCAAUGAACCCAGUGCCAAAUCGUGACUUUAUGGAGGUGCAUCCGCUGCAUCAGCAUCAGCCACAUUGCAAGCAGCAAUGUUUUGUGUUCACUGAGAUAGCGGACAUUGAGCUUCCAGCCGAGAUAACAAAGUUUGGUGGUGGCAAUGAAAAGCUGCAUUGCUCCAAUGGAGGCAUACCGAGCUACAAUUGCAAGAAGGACUCCUGCAGCGAGUCGUCCGUUGAGCGUCCCGGACGUUCGCGGAGCCGCAAAAUUCUGGUGGGCGUUUGCCUGGUCUUAGUCUGCAUUGCCAUGGCCGGCGGUAUUCCGUUGGCACUUCAGUUACGCUCCUCGUCCCUGUUGGAGGCACGCUUGGCAUUUAUUCGACGUUUGCUGACGGAAUCGCCGCUCAUUGAGGGUUCCUGGAAGCCACCCAGUGGUGUUAAGCUGAACAGCAGUGGCAUGGCCGAUAUACGGCAAAAUCAUAUUGGUGCCGUGCUCUGGCCUAUAGCUGUUCACUGUGGUGCCCAGUAUCUGGAUGCAGUUCAACUGGUUCUCGAGGGCAUCGAUGAAGCGAAACGGAUUACAGCUGCCACAAAUUCGAUGCAUAUUGUUGAAUCGGCCGAUGAGAUGGAGCAGACCCACAUCAGAGGCGAGGUGGCCGUCCUUAUGGGUAUCGGUGGAGGUCAUGCCUUGGGUACCAGUCUCGCUGUUCUGCGCUCCCUCUAUCUGCUGGGCGCUCGAUUCGUAUCAAUUACCAGCUUGGAGUGCACAACACCUUGGGCUGCCGCAGCCAUACGAAGACGCGAUUAUCUGAUUGAGGAGAAUGUGACCAAUUCGCUUAAUGAAUUCGGAAAGACAAUGCUUUACGAAAUGAAUCGUCUGGGCAUGUUGAUUGAAAUAUCACAGCUGAGCGAAACUGCAAUGAUAAUAGCCCUGCGCACAGCGAAAGCGCCCGUUCUGCUAAUGAAUGCCACACCGCUUUCCAUGUGUAAUGGCACAAACGUGGCCUCCAUACCGGAUCAUGUACUCAGCCUUCUGCCAGAAAAUGGUGGAGUCAUACUGCUAAACUUGGAGCGCUGUGGUGAUCGGCAGAUCAGUGUACGCGAGGCGAUUCUGGCUAUCAACUAUGUACGAAAGGUGGCUGGGGUAGAUCACAUUGGCCUGGGCGGAGCCCCCAAAAGCUAUGCACUAUUGUUGGCCGAGUUGGCUCGUGAUCGAGUUUGGGGGAAUGCGGCUAUAAAGAAGCUGGUUGGCGGCAAUGUUAUGCGUAUUUUGCGUGAAAUUGAGGCUCUUAAGAAUCGCUUGCCCCUAUACGAAGAAUGGAUUCCACAUGAGUCGAUCGAAAGCAAUUCAUAUUGCCGCUAUCCAGAGUCGUAAGCGAUACGUUUUUAAAUUUGUAUUUUAUGACUUUCGUCAGUUACAAUUUUCUGUGGGUUACUUGCUCAAUGUAGAUAAAUAAAUCACAGGAUUAAAU